AUGAGUCCCUCGUUGCAAUUGCACACUCACUCUCAGAAGGAUGAGAAACUUCCCUCCUGCUCCUCCAAGACUCUAGUCGCUCCUCCGCCCGUGGAAUCCCCCAAGUCUCCGGAAGACUAUGACCCUUGUGUCAAUGCAAAGCCAUACUCCCCCUUUUAUCGACAUGCCACAACCUCGUUCGCCUUGGAACAGUCAAGAUCUCAAACGAAGAAACCGAACUGCAGUGUGGAUGGAAUGCAUGACUUGGAAAGUGCACCAUCGCAAACACCGUACAAGCAAUCAAUGGACGUACCGGGCUGCCGCACCUCGAAGCUGUGGACGAAGAAGCGGAAACGUUGCGGUUGCAUGCAGUCCUUGACGAAGAAGCAGAGGAUGGCAGUCAAGGUCGUCAUCGCCGUUGUCACGCUGGGGAGCAUGGUGGCUAUUGCCUUGGGAAUCACCGUCGCUGUGGGCGGCGGAGUGUGGAAAUCCGAUCACCAACAAGGGGCCAUCGUUGUAAAACAGUAA